AUGGAGAUUGAGAUGAGUGCAGGUUUAUGGGUGGCAGUGGUGAUGCCGUUAGCAGCCUUGUUGUGGUGGUGGAAUGACUAUUGGUACGUGCUUCCCUUCCUCCUCCUCCGCCACCCUCACCUCCCUCCCGGCUACAUGGGGAUCCCCUUUCUCGGUGAGAUGCUCCCGUUUCUUUACUACUUCAAGCUUCUCCGCUGCCCUGACGACUUCAUCAAUGCUAAACGGACCAAAUACGGUGAUGGAGUGGGAAUGUAUAGGACGCACCUCUUCGGUUCACCAAUGAUCAUAGCAUGCACCCCUUCCGCCAACAAGUUCGUGCUGCAGUCGGAUUCGAGAUUUGUACUCAAGUCGAUCUCGGAUGAACUAGUUGGACCGACAUCGCUCGUAGCUGUGGAAGGAGACUCCCACACCAGGGUGAGGGGCAUUGUUGUGAGGGCUAUCAAUCAACCUAAUGCGCUGCGUAAGAUCACUCUCAUGGUGCAGCCUCGCAUCACGGCUUCCCUCAAAUCGUGGUCACAAAGAGGUCGAAUCACAGCCUAUAAGGAAGCCAAGAAGAUUGUAUUUGCAAACACCGCCAAGUAUUUUGCAAGUUUCGAGACAGACCGUGUGUUGGACACCCUCGACGAUCUAUUCAUGGGUCUUAUUGGUGGACUUAGAGCUUAUCCUCUCAAUUUUCCAGGAACUGCUUUCCACCAUGCACUCAAGUGUCGUAGGAAAGCAGAAGCAAUAUUUCGACAAGAGUUGGAAACAAGGAAGAAGUCUGAAGGCUCGGUCCCUAAAAAUGAUCUGAUGGAGUCACUGAUGCAUAUGAACGUCGAAGAUAAGCAACUAAGUGACACCGAGGUUAUUGAUAAUAUUGUGAGCCUUGUUGUAGCAGGAUAUGUAUCAACUUCGCUCGCUAUCAUGUGGGCUAUAUAUUAUCUGGCCAAGUAUCCUCAAGUUCUACAAAAGCUUCGGGAAGAGCACGUGCCAAUAAGCAAGAAACUGAAGGGAGAUUUCAUUACAUAUGAAGAGAUUGCAUCAUGCAAGUAUACGGCUAAGGUGGUGGAAGAAGUGAUUCGAAUGGCCAACAUUGCAGCGUUUAUCUUCCGGACUGCUAAGAAAGAUGUCGACUACAGAGGAUAUAGGAUCCCGAAAGGAUGGACAGUGGUGUGCUGGCUGCGAUACCUUCACACUAAUCCAGAACACUUUGAGGAUCCGAUGUGCUUUAACCCGGAUAGAUGGAAUGAGGCACCAAAGACGGGAUCAUACGUAGUGUUCGGAGGGGGGACAAGAAUCUGCCCAGGCAACAUGAUUGCUCGGUUGCAACUCACCAUUAUUAUUCAUCAUCUGGCUGUUGGGUACAGAUGGAAACUGGUUAAUCCUAAUGCUGGAUUGUCAUAUCUCCCACAUCCCAAACCAGCAGAUGAAGUUGAGAUCGAAAUCUCUCAGUUUUAACCAUAAAAAAUCUCUGGAAUGCUCCAUUUCCCAUCAUCUCCCUUUAUCUUGUAUAAUGACAAUAAUAUGAGAUGUGUUUUAUAACAAGGAAGAAUCACUCAAUUCAUAA